AUGAGAGAUGCGGUCGCAUGCGCGUGCGGUUCCGCAGUCUCCCUGCUCCUUGUUCGCGACGCUGCCACCGGCUCCUUGCUCGCGUCGCACCGCACGCGGCCUCCCUGCUCCCUUGCUCACGCCAAGUCGCCGAGAUCCGCUCACUGCUCCGAGAACCGCUGUGCGCCGGUCACCCGCGUCGCCCGCGUGACACGGGGCGUCGGGAUGCCGGGGCGCCGGGCUGCGUCGGCGCGGAGGCGUGCGGGCACGCUGGCGGUGGGGCGCAGGGCGACCAGGCUGCGGCGUGCGGACGCGAGAGCGGGAGCGGGAACGGCAUGCGCGGCGGCCGUAGGUCUAUGA